UUAUAAUAACAUUAGUAUUGUAAAUUCAGAGCAGUUGAAAUAAAAUGAAAAUAGACAAAAAUAAAAUACAUAUAAAACAGUCUAAAUGUCGUUUUCAAUAAGGGGAAUUAGUUUUAACUGUUAAUUUCAGUUGGAUUUUUUUUUCAUAAUAUCAUAUAAUUUUUGUGCCUUUGUAAUUGUUAGAAUUUUUAGAGAUUGGUUACUUUCCAACAUGUAUUCUGUCUCUGUUAGCAGUUAGCGGUUAGCAUUAGCCACCUAGCCUCGGUCUGUUUUGUUUGGUUGCCGUUAGCAGCAAGAUGGCGGCUCCCAUCCCGGUGCUCCGACCCUCCGCUCCACAGGUUUAACAGCGGCUCACCGCCUCCUCUGUGCCCGCUCACACCGCUGCAUGGAGCGGCCGCGCAGCGCUCUGUCCCGCAGCUGGAUCUAUGUUUCUGCUUGUUCUUAUUAGCCUCCACAGCGACCGUCCGACGGCUCUGUACCGACUCUGACCAGUGUUCCCGGGCCUAAGAUGGCGGACUGUCCGCUGCAGAUAGUCUGCUAGCGAACAGCUAACUAUAGGUAAACCUACAGACCGGUUCCUGCUAGAACCAGGCUCCGUCUGUGAGCUCGUUAGCUCACUGAGGCUAGUUCUUAGCUUCAGUGUGAUUAGCGGCUAGUUAGCCUCAGCCGAUAGUUAGCAGGUGCUAACCCUGUUAGCCAGACAGAGACUUCUCUCGACUCUUCGACACAACAACUCUUGGCUGCACCAGGACCGUGUCUCUCCUCGCCGAGGACCGGGGGAGGUGCACCCUGACAGCAGCGCCAUGGCAGCCGAGCCCGCGGUGCAGCAGCCCCGGUGGAAGCGCGUCCUGGGCUGGAGCGGCCCGGUGCCGCGGCCCCGGCACGGACACCGAGCCGUGAGCAUCAAGGAGCUGAUGGUGGUGUUCGGCGGCGGGAACGAGGGUAUCGUAGACGACCUGCACGUCUACAAUACAGCUACCAAUCAGUGGUUCAUCCCUGCGGUGCGAGGAGACGUCCCCCCCGGCUGCGCUGCCUACGGCUUUGCGUGUGAUGGGACGAGGCUGCUGGUUUUUGGCGGGAUGGUGGAGUACGGCAAAUACAGCAGCGACCUGUAUGAACUGCAGGCGAGUCGUUGGGAGUGGAAACGUCUGAAGGCAAAAGCGCCAAAGGACGGCCCGCCCCCCUGCCCCCGCCUCGGACACAGCUUCUCUCUCAUUGGCAGCUGCUGCUACCUGUUUGGAGGAUUGGCCAAUGACAGUGAAGACCCCAAGAACAACAUCCCCAGGUAUCUGAACGACCUGUACUGCCUGGAGCUGCAGCCAGGCUCCAGUGUGGUCGGCUGGGAGAUCCCGGAGACAUCAGGGCCACUGCCGCCGCCCAGAGAGAGUCACACCGCCGUGGUGACGAGUGGCCGCGCCGUCAACAGACUCAUCAUCUAUGGAGGGAUGAGCGGCUGCAGACUGGGAGACCUGUGGGUCCUCCACACAGACUCUAUGACGUGGAGUAAACCUUCCCUGAAUGGAACUGCCCCCCUGCCCCGCAGCCUGCACUCUGCCACCACCAUCAACAACAAGAUGUAUGUGUUUGGAGGUUGGGUUCCUCUGGUGAUGGAUGAUGUCAAAGUGGCCACUCAUGAGAAGGAGUGGAAGUGUACCAACACACUGGCCUGUCUGAACCUGGAUACGAUGUGCUGGGAGACAGUCCUGAUGGACAGUGUGGAGGAGAACCACCCCAGAGCUAGAGCAGGUCACUGCAGUGUGGCCAUCAACUCCAGACUCUACAUCUGGAGCGGCAGGGACGGAUACAGGAAGGCCUGGAACAACCAGGUGUGCUGCAAGGACCUCUGGUACCUGGAGACAGAGCGUCCCUGCGCUCCCUCUCGGGUGCAGCUUGUUCGGGCCAAUACGUCGUCUCUGGAGGUGAGCUGGGGUCCGUCACAGACCGCAGAGACUUACCUGCUGCAGGUGCAGAAGUACGAUAUUCCCACCACACCUGCCUCUAGCCCUGCCCCCAACCCUGUCCUCACUGCUACACCUGGAGCCAGCCCCGCCCCCAUGGUUCCAACACCAGCCAGUCGAACUCUCCCUCUGUCUGGCAUCACGCUGGUCCCUUCCCCCACUGUCUCCGGACCUGGAAGCCCGUUGGCUGCUGCUGCCAAAGCACCAGCUGUCCUGAAGGUGGCAGCAGCUCCAGGUGUCACAGUGAGACAGGCCACGCCCAAACCCCCAGUUGGUGUGACGACACUCCCUGCAGGUGUUCGUAUGGUCGUACCUGGUCAGGCCGCUCAGGGGACGCCAAUAGGAAGCAGUCCUCAGAUGAGUGGGAUGGCAGCGUUGGCAGCGGCGGCUGCAGCAACUCAGAAGAUCCCUCCGUCUCCAGCGGCGGUCCUGAACAUCCCUGCAGGAGCGACAAUCUUAAAGACGAUGACUAACCCAGCCACUCGAAUGCUGAAGACGGCUCAGGUGGGCGGGGCCUCUGUAGUCUCCACCCCAGGGACCCCUGGCCGACCAAUCAUCACGGUGCAUAAGUCAGGCACAGUGACGGUGUCCCAGCAGCCUCAGGUGGUCACCACGGUGGUGGGUGGAGUCACAAAGACCAUCACUCUCGUUAACAGCCCGCUCAGUAUGGGAGGGGGCGGAUCUCUGAUUGGUAACCUUGGUAACCUGGGGAAGAUGAUGUCAGUGGUCACUAAACCAAUUCAGAGUGGAGCAGUUACUGGGAGCAGCCCUGUGACCCAGAUCCUCCAGGCGAAGUCUGGCCUCCCAGCGGGAACUGUCCUGAAGCUUGUGACCUCAGCAGACGGUAAGCAGACGGCCAUCCUCAGCACACCGCAGGCCGGAUCCACAACAACCAAACCCAGGACCACCUUCAUCCGGUCCAUCCCUGUGUCAGCACUGCAGGGCUCCACAGGUGCUAACAGUCCAAUCACAAUCCUGACGCCAGGUUCCACCGGGAAGAUCAUCAACACGGCCCCCAAGAACACACAGGUGGUGUUGGCAACGGCAGGGUCACCUGGUACGAUGGUCAGGACUGUCCCUGUGGGCGGAGUCAGACUGAUGUCACCAGGAGCCACACCCACUGUCACCACGCUGCUUGUCAAGGGAACCACAGGUGUAUCCAGUCUUGGGACGGUAACAGGAACUGUCUCCACCUCAAUGGCAGGUGGAGCUGCCACCAACCAGGUUAACAUGGCAACCUCAGCUAUCGGACCCAAACAGGUGACUCUGUUUACGACUCCGAGCGGCGCUGAGGCUCAGCCUCUGGUCCAGGAUCUGCCCGUCACCUUCAUGGCUUCUCCAACUUCAGAAGAACCUGGUAGUACUACUACUGCAGCAGGAGAAACUGGAGACUCUGCAGCUCCAGUGACGCAGGUGUGCUCCAACCCGCCGUGUGAGACCCACGAAACGGGCACGACCAACACCGCCACCGUCUCCUCCUCCAGCAUGAGCCGGGAGCUCCAGAUGAGCUCAGACCAGCCUCCAGCUCAGCAGCCUCCAGCUCAGCAGCCUGUCAGUCUGAACGGAGGGAACAUCUGCUCCAAUCCACCAUGUGAGACCCAUGAAACCGGAACCACCAACACCGCCACCACGGCUACAGCUCAGCAGAGCGGAGACUCCACAGACCCGGCCUCCUCCUCCUCCUCCUCCUCCUCCUCCUCCUCCUCCUCCUCUGACCCCGCUCCCUCCACCACAGCCAGUCAGAGCAGAGCUGUUACCACCGUUACACAGGCCACACCCACACCAGGGCCGUCCAUACCUGAGAUCUCCUCGUUUGUUAGAGAGGACAGGGCGGAGUUCUUGGAGGCUGUUGUCAUGAAGAAGGAGGAGCCAGAAGAGACGGCAGUCUCAGUGUUACAGGUUCAUAUGGAGGCUGUAAAGGCUGACAGUCUCCCUCAGGAGCUCAUGUCAUCAGAAGGGGAAGGAUGUGAGUCGGUCUCCGGGGCAACAACGAUGAUGGUGACAGGACUGACAUCAGAUCACCUGGCUGUUACCACAGCAACAGAGGAGGCACUUCAGCAGGCGACAAUACAGGUUGUCCUGCAGGCACCAGAAGGGGGGGCAGGCAACCAGACCCCCAUCGUUUUGACCCAGCAGGAGCUGGCAGCACUGGUCCAGCAGCAGCUGCAGGACGUCCACAACCAACCAAAACCAGGACCACCAGAACCAGAACCCCAGCACAGCAGCCUCCCCACAGGUAGACCGCUGACGCACACCUCAGUGAUGCUGGUCCUGGAGGGCCUUGCUCCGGCGGACAGCCUGAAUGAUCCCGCAGCCGAGAGUAAUGGACACACAAUGACAUCAUCGGCAGUAACUAGCGCCGUAGCCCGAUUAGCCAGCACGUUUGGCCCCGCCCCUCCUCUCUCAUCAGGGGGUGUGGCCAAGACUCAACCUGCCACCACUGAGGCGACUAAUGGCGUCACAUCAACUGCAGGGAAGGUGACAUCAUCAACGAAGGAUGGUCUGUGGUUCGACGUCGGCGUCGUCAAGGUUACCAACAUGGAGGUCACACAUUACUACAUCCCAGAAGACGACGUAGGAAACCAGGAUGAUGAUUCAGGUGACGUUCCGGACUACAGUCGGAUGAAGAGGGUGGAGCUUCAGCCGGGAACGGCGUACAAGUUCCGUGUGGCGGGGAUCAACAUCUGUGGCCGGGGGGCGUUCUCCGAGGUAUCCGCCUUUAAAACAUGUCUUCCUGGUUUCCCCGGAGCGCCGUGCGCCAUCAAGAUCAGCAAGAAUGUGGGCGGGGCCCAGCUCACCUGGGAGCCGCCCGCCGUAACAUCAGGGAGGAUCACAGAGUACUCCGUGUACCUCGCCAUCCAGUCCAGCUCGACCGCCGCCGCCACCCCAGGUCCUGGCCCCGCCCAGCUGGCUUUCAUGAGGGUUUACUGCGGCACGACAGCGUCAUGCCUCGUCCCCGCCGCCAGCAUCGCCAACGCCCACAUCGACCUCACCACCAAGCCUGCCAUCAUCUUUCGCAUUGCUGCCCGCAACCAGAAGGGCUACGGGCCCGCCACACAGGUCCGCUGGCUGCAAGAACACAGUAAAGCGACGCCAACGGCGGCAGUGAAACGACCAGCAGCUCCUGACAUAAAACCUGUCGGGCCAAAGAAGUUCAGAACCGACCAAUAGGAGGAGCCGACAUCCUGCUAAGGACUGUGAUUUGUUAUUGUUGUCUUAAGCUCCGCCCUGCAUCUGGUUGCCAUGUCAACAAGAAGGAGGCAGGACCGUGGCAGUGGCCAGUGGAAACCGACAAAAUAAAAGACUUGUAGAUUAUUUGUACAUUAUCAGACCAAUCUGUCGUCACUUCUUCUACUGGUUGUCAUGGAGACAGCGAGGGCAACAGUCCAGUGAAAAUAAUAGUUUGAGUUCAUUAAAAUGUAUCAGGCCCCGCCCCAUGUGACGUCAUGAUGAGGGGCGGGGGCGGGGUUUAAACCAGCUGUAAAUAAUAUUUAGUUUACUUUUUUAUGAAUGUUUUUUCUUCUUCUGGGUUUUUUUUCCUUUUCGUGCUUGUUGCCCACAAUGAAGGAGCUCGGCUAUUCGGUUUGUCUAAACAGGAAGUGUUUGUGAAUAUUCUCUGGAUUAAUAAAGAUUUUUAGAGCAUUU